AUGUCUCUAACAUAUCCAGAGGGGGAGUGCUUCUUCAAGCGAGCAGCCUUGACUACCUCUACCUAUACUGCCGAGAAACCAGGGCAUUUCUAUGCCCACAUAAUAGUAGAGUAUAUAUGGAAUAGGCCGGCAUUCUAUGGCCCCGACAGCUUGAACAAAUACGACCUCCAUUACCAUCCGCGUGCCGCAUAUAAAGCGGUAAAAGGUGAUCUCUGGGACAGCAACUAUGGAAACUGGGACAGCAUCUCGCUGUUAUAUGGUAAAAAGCCUUACAAUGACCGAUACCGGCAUGCAAAACACGAUCUGUGUGUCAGCGGAAAUCGCUUUCGAGAUCAGGAGAAAGGUGGCUCUCUUGAGUCAUGGUUUAUGGUGAUGCCAAUGCCACUCUUAGUGAAAGGAGAAGAGUGGGUUCUUAUUGAUCGUACGGCCUGUAUCCGUGCAAUUUAUAUCCCAGUCGCGCAGCAGACCUCGGAGGAUUACCCGGAAUUGUGCACGUUCCUCCAGGUCAGUUUUGCGAUCAGAAGGGAUGCCAGCAUCAUGACGUAUCCUGAGAUAUGGAAUGCGGAUGGUCGGAACUAUAUCGUGGUCGACCGCGAAGAAACCUUCCCCUUGGAUCCUACUCUCGGCCUGCUACCGGAUGGAAGGUGGGCACUAGCAAUAAACAUCCGCAAGCUAGUCAAUUUGCUUUCCUUGCCACGCCAACUUCGAGGCCAUGAUUGCUUUUCGUCCCGUAGCAUCGUGAUGGUGGAUCGGAAGUUGACGCCGACAACGGGGGCUGCACAGAACUUUUCCAGCUCGGCAGAUUUGAGUUGGACAACUGUUGCCGGUGCGAACUACGGGCUGUCACUUCAGUGGAAGCCCCCACAGGCUACCAUGUGGCUUGCUGACUUUAUUAAAAAUAGUCUUACGGUAGCCAUUGGCUUUAUUCCUGUGAUCGGGCCUCUCGCGGCAGUUUGUUUCCCAUUGGCAUGGACUGCCAUCGCCGAUCCUGCAAGUUUCGAGAAUACACUGAGAUCGCUUAUCCCUAUCGCAGAUUUGGCUUUCUAUGUCUCUGAGGAAAUCAAGAAAAGUGCCAAGGAGCAGAAGGUGUACUUGCCCGAGGGAUGGGCUACUAAUGCCGGUGGUGUCUUCGGGUUUGCACCCAGCGUGGCACGUUCUGGGACUCAACCUGCAACUCAGCCUGCGACCACCUUGAAACAAGCUCCAGUGAAGCCCCCAGCUCCAGAGGUGGUCAAGAAAAUUGAAUCUAUCAGGAAUUUCAAAUAUUGGUCACUUAUGAAACCCGUAUCGGCAACUGCUGCGGCACCUACCACAACAAAGUCUAAGUUGCCAGAGGCAGCUGCGCCUCCCAGUAUAAAGACGGUGAAAGAAGUAUCUAUCGUACCUGAAGUACCCUUGAAGGCACCUCCGAAGCUUUCUCUCGAUGAAUUGAAACCUAGUGCGUCAUUUCAACUAGCUGGUCAGGCUCUGCUCAAUUCUGGAGAUACCUUGGCCGUGACGGGUAGUGAGGACGAUGUCGUGGGAGAAAUCCUUGAAGAGAUUCUUCCUCAUGUAUCAGGCGAACCUGAAGAGCCUUCCGUGAAUAUUUAUGACUGGCUAAAUGAAUAUUUUGGUGAAGACCUAGAUUUUGAGGAGGAGGAGGGAGAGGGAGAGGAGGAGGAUUUGUAG